AUGGAUUAUACAAGCAAAUCUGGCGAGCGAAGACUCCAAACUUGCAGUUUAUGUAAGCUACAAGGCCAUAAUGCCAGGGCUUGCCCAUAUGCGAGAGUUUGCGCACGAUGUGGAAAUUUAGAUCAUGAUGCUGUGGAAUGCCCUUUUUCUCAUCCACCUGCUGACAGGACCGGUAUUGAUAAACUGUAUGAUCCAUAUGGAAUUCAUGCUCGGGCACGGGAGCGGAUUUUGACGGUUCAGCCCAAGAUACUGGGUGGGGAUCUCGAUCCAUCUGAUUGUCCAUUGGGCACGAGGUGGUCCCGUGAGAAAAAAGUUCAAGGUAACACGCGGUUCAAUUUGGCCGCGUACCGGGAUCAGCUUGCAGUUCUCGCAGAGACUGAUUUUGUAUGGAUGCCGUACACGACUCUUUUGGGUCGUAUUGCCAGGGUUUGUCUUGUGGGACAGGGCAUAUGGCGAUCUCAGACAUGGCUCAUCUGCGGGGAGGUCGUUGCGCCACACAACCCCAGUAGGGUAUUUCGCCAAUUUGGUUAUCACCAGCGGAUACCCGGCGACGCAUUACUUCUCACUGCGGCAGAAAUUACUAGCCUGCUCAAGAGGAAGCCGUUUGGAGGAUCCGAUAGGAGAUGGUUACAACAACUAGGGAUAUAUCUCCAGGUUUGGAAUGAUCGCCACGGCCAAGUUGUGGGGACUGAUGAUGAUUAUGUUGGCGAGCCUUCCGCAGAUGCGGAGUAUCUCUUGUGGUACCAUCAGGUUACUGUGAAGUAUGUUACGGAUCCGACGGACUCUGAAAAUGCAAGGGGUUUUCACGGUUCUGCAGAGACCUUGCGCCUCAUGGCCACAUUGAUGGAGGACGUUCGUAGUCUGAGUAUUAUAGGUCAGCGUACUUUCGACGCGGACUCCUUUGGUUAUGAUCGCUUAGGCGAGAUUGCCCAGGUUGCUGAGCGGGCGUUGUCCGUCAAUGCAACAAAUGUUGUACGUCACGAUCUCGAUAGGCAUGUUGAGGUUCAUGACAUUUUGAGUCAAGAACUUGCACCUGUAGACCCGACCCAGCAACAUCCACCACCCAGACCUCCGAGGCGUUCGCGCAGGUCUCAGCGUGGGCGUGGGGGGCAAGAGACAAUCACAUCAUCUCAGCCACAUCAGUCCUCCCAGCAUGAGCAGUCUCAUAUUCCCUUCACUAGCGGUUCAUCCCAUCAGUCUCCACAUCAGUCUCCACUCCAUUCUCGACAGCAUUCAGCCCAUCAGUCUCCACAUCAUUCAUCCCAUCAGUCUCCACAUCAUUCUUCGCCGACCCAAGAGGCGUUUUACCGUCCGAUUAUGUCUCCCCAGCACCAGCAGUCCAAUUUUUCCUUCACUCAGUUUUCCUCCCCUCAGACUUCUCAGCGUCAGUUUGGAGAUUCUUUUAUUGACUUUUCUGGGUUUCAGCAGAGUUCGCUAGAUGGCCAGUCGAUACAUUACACGAGUAACUUUCUUUCGAGUAUGUUCGAGGGUGUUGCGGGUCAGCAUCAGACUGAUAACCCAGCUAAGGGUGAGCGUGAGAGUCAAGGUGAGGAUGAGGCUGAGGAUGCAGACCAGGAUGAUCAGUUUGAGGGUCAGGGUUAUCAGCGCCAUGAGGAGCAGGGAUCGAGUCAGACUCUAGGGACUCCACCGUUGGCUGUGAGUAAAGGCCAGAGAGUGACGAAGGAGCCCGAUAGAUUGACUUAUAGCCUUUUUCGGGCUAAAAAGCCCAAGAAGAAGUAG